GCCGUAUUGCUCGUCCUUGCUUGACAUCUAUGGACAAGUAGAUGAUAUCACUGACUCUUAAGAAAUUAACAAACAGUACUAUGGGUUAAUUAUGUAACGACAGCUUUCAAAGGUUUGUGUUUCUGCAACAGUGCUCGAGUGUGCCGGAAUUCAAUAUUUAUCGUUAGAAAAACAACUACUUUUCAUAUGUUUGAUAUAAAAUUGAAGGAUAACAACGGAAAAAAACUUUUUGAGGCAAAUGAAAGUAAGUGAUUGAUAUAAAUCACAAUAGCAAUAUUCCUUGCUGAAGAUUUAGAAAAUGUAACAAAUGUGUAUUUGACAGCAAAGGGUUACUCGUGUUUUAAAGCUAUCAGUUUGUAUAUCAAGGGACAGAAACGGAUAUCAAUGAAGGCAACUGAUUGGAAAGUCGUAACAUUUUACUUAUUGAUAUCAUUAGUCCACUUUUUCAAAACUGAAUGCUAAAGUAAACACAAUCUGGUAAAGAUACAUAAGCGAAGGUAUACAUAAUGGCAAAAAACAAGACAAUUAAUGAACAGGAACAUCCGGCGUCGGAAACAAGUGGUUAUAUAAGCGUUGGAGGUCAGUCACACUCAGCCAGCGUCUCACAAAAAGCGGAAGAUUAUCAAUCAGUAUCUUCGAAAGAUGUGUCUUCGGUUAUGAGAAGAUGGGGUAUAGAGACACCUAUAACCGAUCCCUUGUGUGACUCACAAUGUGUAUCAGCUUCAAUAACUGACAUGUGUUCAAUCUGUGCAGCAAAGGGAAUAGGUAAAAUAGCAACACAUAUAUGUCGUGACUGCAGCCAAUAUGGUAGAUACUAUUGCCAACGUUGCUGGGAUUAUCACAAUAAGUUCUUACCCUCGCAUGAUACAUUGUCACUUUCCGUUAGCAGUGAUAGUAACCAAUGUGGGUCAGUCAAAUCAAUUAAGGCAGCCUCAAAUGGAGACGAUCAAAUAAAAAUGUGGCUGAAUGAGCUGAAACAGCAAAUUGAGAAAGAUGAAUACAAUGACAAGGCAUUUGAUAAGAAACCUAAUGGAAAUUCAGAGUCAGCAAAUCUUUCUGUCAUUUUAAAGGAAAUUUGCAGCAUCAUUCAAAGAAGAAGUACAUGCCAAAGUAACCAAGGUGGGUCAGUCAAAUCAAUAAAGGCAGCCUCAAAUGGAGACGAUCAAAUAAAAAUGUGGCUGAAUGAGCUGAAACAGCAAAUUGAGAAAGAUGAAUACAAUGACAAGGCAUUUGAUAAGAAACCUAAUGGUUAUUCAGAGUCAGCAAAUCUUUCUGUCAUUUUAAAGGAAAUCUGCAGCAUCAUUCAAAGAAGAAGUACAUGCCAAAG